GCAGAGAGAACUCUGCCCGGUCGGGCGAUGGAUGCAGGAGUGGCGGCUGCAGUAGCAGCGGGGCCAGCAGCGGUUGAAGAGGACUGGAGAUGCCUGGGAUGUGGAGAGAGCAUUGCAGCUGGUCAGAGACUCUACAGGACUGUCAACGAAGCUUGGCAUGUCUCCUGCUUCUGCUGCUCUGAAUGUCAGGACCUUCUUACAAACUGGUACUAUGAAAAGGAUGGGAAGCUCUAUUGCCACAAGGACUACUGGAGGAAGUUUGGAGAAUCUUGCCACGGCUGUUCUUUGCUGAUGACUGGACCUGUGAUGGUUGCCGGUGAAUACAAAUACCACCCAGAAUGUUUUGCCUGUAUGAGCUGCAAGGUGAUCAUUGAAGACGGCGACACAUAUGCGUUGGUGCAACACUCCGUUCUCUACUGUGGCAAAUGUCAUAACCAGAUUGUGCUGACGCCCAUGAUAGAAAGGCUGUCCACGGAGUCCUUAUGUGAACAGCUACCCUACACGCUGACGCUCAUCUCCAUGCCAGCAGCCACAGAUGGCAAGAGAGGGUUGUCGGUGGCUGUCGAAGGUGGCUGUUCAAACUACGCCACCAGUGUCCAAGUGCAAGAAGUCAACCGAAUGCAUAUUAGUCCCGACGUCCAGAACGCUAUUCAUCCUGGAGACAGGAUCUUAGAAAUAAAUGGAACCCCGAUCCGCACGCUACAGAGAGAAGAGGUGGAGGGUUUGAUUCGCAAGACAAGCCAAACUCUUCAGCUCUUGAUUGAGCAUGACCCUGUCUCUCAGCGCUUGGACAGACUGCGCCUGGAUUCCCGGCUGCCCACACGCAUUAAAAAGCCCUCUUCUCCCUGUCCUAUUUCUGCUCUGGAUCUGAAGGAGAAUCUGCAAGGAACGUUGCGGCGUCGCUCCCUCAGGCGAAGCAACAGCAUUUCUAAGUCUCCUGGCCCCAGCUCCCCAAAGGAACCGCUCAUCCUCAGCCGCGACAUCAGUCGUUCCGAAUCCCUCCGCUCCUCAACCAGCUGUUCCCAACAGAUCUUCCGGCCUUGUGAUCUGAUCCAUGGCGAGGUGUUGGGGAAAGGGUUCUUUGGCCAAGCGAUCAAGGUGACUCACAAAGCAACGGGGCGAGUGAUGGUGAUGAAGGAGCUGAUCCGCUGUGACGAGGAGACGCAAAAGACCUUCUUAACGGAGGUGAAGGUGAUGCGCAGUUUAGACCACCCCAAUGUCCUGAAAUUCAUUGGAGUGUUAUACAAGGACAAGAAACUGAAUCUUCUGACUGAGUACAUUGAAGGAGGGACCCUGAAGGACUUCCUCCGGAAUGUGGAUCCAUUUCCCUGGAAGCAGAAGGUCAGCUUUGCCAAAGGAAUUGCCUCGGGAAUGGCUUAUCUGCAUUCAAUGUGCAUCAUUCACCGAGACCUGAAUUCUCAUAACUGCCUGAUCAAACUGGACAAAACAGUUGUGGUUGCUGACUUUGGCCUGUCCAGGCUGAUUGUGGAAGAGAAGAAGAAGCCGAUCCUGGAAAAGCCAUCAGCCAAGAAGCGAACUUUGCGCAAGAGUGACCGGAAAAAACGCUACACUGUGGUUGGGAACCCCUACUGGAUGGCACCAGAGAUGCUGAAUGGGCAGAGCUAUGAUGAGACAGUGGAUAUCUUUUCUUUUGGCAUUGUGCUCUGCGAGAUCAUAGGACAGGUGUAUGCUGAUCCAGAUUGCCUCCCUCGGACACUGGAUUUUGGACUCAAUGUGAAGCUCUUUUGGGAGAAGUUUGUUCCUGCAGACUGCCCCCCUGCUUUCUUCCCUUUGGCAGCCAUCUGCUGCAGGCUCGAACCAGAGAGUAGGCCCCCCUUUUCAAAACUGGAGGAUUCUUUUGAAGCUCUCUCUCUUUAUCUGGGAGAACUGGGAAUCCCUCUUCCCUCAGAACUGGAGGAACUGGACCACAACAUCAGCACACAGUAUGGGCUGAUCCGGGACCAGCUACCAAGAAACCUCACUUAGUCCUUGUGACUUUCUGCAUCCUUUCCAUCGAUGGUAGCUUUUGAGGCAAGAACUGCCCCUCUCACACUUCACCAGGGCAUUAAUAAGGCAGGGUUGAUUUUUUUGGCCUCUUCCUCUCACCUUCAACUUCCUCCACCUCUCUCCUGUGGAUUUGAGGCACAUUCUGGUAGCAAA